AUGCUCACAAAUGGCUUCAGUAGCCACCGAGUGAGCGCAUCUUGUGAUAUCGAACGAAUGCAUUACAUUUACAUCUUCAUUCCAACUGUUUUAUUAUUCACUUCGUCCGUUCGCACCAAAAAUCCUUUGUUUCCACGCUGUCCACUCUUCGACAAGUGCGCUGUUAUAAAGGUCGAAGGAAGACUUCUUUGCGAUGGCAGAACUGUCGAGAACGCAGGUCCGCAGUUCGUCGAACUCUGGGAAGAUGUGCACACUGCAGUUUCGUGCAUUGAGUUGAUCGCCUUUUCAGACAGUAGCGUUGAUGAUUUGAUCAGUCGAGUUCAAGUGAAUAGCAGCGGAACGUUCGCUAUUGAGGGUCGUGCUCAAGAAUUCUUCACUGAAGGACUCGGCUUAUUCUUAAAAGUCUAUUCAACGUGUGGAAUCAAACCAAGGUACUUCGGUAAAUGUUGGCAAGUCGAAGAGAUCACAAUACCGAACGAAUACUGGAAACGUUUAGUGUACAACGAUUGGGAUGUUCUUUGGAAAGAGGCGAAUAUCAAUGUGGAAUCAGAUUUCACCACAGAUGCGUACUGUCAACUCGAGUGA